UUUAGAUUUAUUGCACGGUCACGGAUGAUUCAGGCAGUGAGUUAGACGGCCCGCGCAGCUGAGGACUGCCUGUCCUGUCCCAUGUUGAGUUGGCAGUUGGCUGCUGUUCAUUCAAAACUUCCCGAAUAAAAUGUGAAGGCUCAGGACUUCAAUCACAACAGAAUAUCAAAAUGUCAUUCAGAAAAGUUCACAUCCUGGUGAUCUUGCUUGUUGCAAUAGUGUUUUUGAUAGUUGUACGGCAUAAUCUAAUUAAUGUGCAUGAUCUUUUAAACAAGGAUAACUCGGAAUAUGAUAGAGUACAAACGGAUGACUUUUUGAGAAUUACAGAAGAGAGGACUGGUGAAGAGAUUCCAAUUCUGAUCCCUGCUGUUGAAGAGCGACUGGGAGGUGUAAUAGCAGCUAUCAACAGUAUAUAUAGUAACACCAGAUCAAAUGUGGUAUUUUAUAUAAUUACUACAAAUGACACAAUGAGUCACUUAAGCUCUUGGCUUCAGAGACGAGAACUGAUGAAUAUUAAGUAUAAAAUUCUAGAAUUUGACCUGCGUAUUUUGAAAGGCAAAGUCCCAAGCGACGAUGAUUCACCUGAAGUAAAAUCAUUGACAUUUGCAAGAUUCUACCUUCCGAUGUUGAUUUCUGGCACAGCGAAAGCCAUUUACCUGGAUGAUGACGUGAUAGUACAAGGAGACAUCCGCGAACUUUAUGACACUGAACUAAAGCCAGGUCAUGCUGCUGCUUUUUCUGAAGAUUGUGAAAUAUCUUCCAAGGUGCUGGUCAGAGGUGCUGGAAGUCAGAACACAUAUUUGGGCUUCCUUGAUUAUAAAAAGGAAACAAUUAGAAAACUUGGUAUGAAGGCAGGCACAUGCUCCUUCAAUCCUGGUGUCUUUGUAGCAAAUCUUACAGAAUGGAAACAACAAAACAUCACAGAACAGCUUGAAAAAUGGAUGGAAAUCAAUGUGGUGGAGAACUUGUAUGGGGGUGCUCUGGCUGGUAGUGUUACGACACCACCUAUGCUCUUGGUGUUCUAUAAACAACACUCAUCCAUUGAUCCAUUGUGGCAUGUCAGGCAUCUUGGGUCUAGUGCCGGUACCAGAUAUUCAUCACAUUUUAUUAACGCUGCCAAGUUGCUGCAUUGGAAUGGGCGGUUCAAACCCUGGGGUCGCACUUCCCCUUACAGUGAAAUCUGGGAUAGGUGGUAUAUUCCAGACCCUACUGGAAAAUUCCACCCAGUACGUCGACACCCAGAGGAAGAGGAAGCUCAUCAGAAAAAUUGAGACUUCUAAACAAAUAACUUCAUGAGUUUGUGAAAAAAAAACUUCCACUCAGGAAUUUAUUUCUUGAAUUAACAUUCAAUUAGUGCUUUUAGAUUCUGUUUUAAUUAUGGUCAACGACAUUACCUACAGUGAAGUGUUUAAAAAUUCAUAAUUGUCAUUAACUGUUCAAAGCCUGUGUAAACCAGUUCAAAAGAAUGACCAUAACGUACAUAUUUUAACCCAGAGUAUGUUUAUAUUGAGUUCUUGAAGAAUUUUAUUGUGGUGUACAAAUUGCACUUCAAUUGUUUAAGGAAAACGUAGCAAUAUGUUUAUCACCAAGGUAAGUUUUUGUCCUCCUAUUAUUAGAUGGGUACUAGGUUCUGGUAAUUUUCAUAGUGUGAGAAUUCAAAAUGUUAUCGAGCAUAUAAACUACAUUAGCUUAGUUGAAUUGCAAACUGAAUUAGGAACAGAUUGUUUCAACAACCUGUAGGAAGGUACUGAAACUAAUUUGCUUUUAACUUGACAAGCUUCGAUCACUAUGAAAUAAACGUAUUCCUUUGGGUCAGUUGAGGCAUUUCAUGUAGGUUCUGAUAAGAGUAUAUUAAGAGGCAUUUGAAAGGUAGUUCAUAUUGAAGCACCUUUUGGAUUUCUAAAUUGAGAUCUAAUUUAGAAUCUUAAAUUACAUCAGAAUCUAACAUUUAUUUAGAUAAAUGAAUCCAAGAUUUGUUUAGAUAAAAUGUUAUAAUCAGACUUUCAGCACCCACAGUAUUUAGUUUAUAUUAAAAUGUUACAAUGGUGCCACCAAUUAGAAAAUUUCAAAUUUUCUCCAUAUUGCAUGGCUGGAUUAAAAAUCCUCAAUUUAAAUGUGUCAUAUGAACAAGGGCUGUUAAAUCUUCUCAAUUUUUCCUAAAUUGUAUCAGAAUUUGUCAUCUUAAUUACAAAAUACUAGGAUUAUCAAGCUGGAGUAAAACAAAAAUAUUCCAAAUUCUCAUGCUCAAUCUUGCAGGUUAUUUUCUAUUUCCAUUUUGUAAAUUGAUUAAAUAGAUAAGCAACAUCGUGUAGCAUUAAAUUA